GGAAAGUUGGGAAUCCCAAGUUUUCCUUUAGGUGUUGGGUAUAGGUCAACUGUUGUUGGCUACCAUUUCCUGAUUUGGAAGGCAGGAGCUCGACCACUUUCAACGAAUAGGAACCACCGCGUUUAAGAAAUGGCUGAAGGUCAGGAUCAGUUGGAGAUUCCAAAGAACAACGACAAUGGUGUGGUGGAAGCCAUGAAGUUCCUAAACAGGGAGUUGAUGACACCCCUGAUGAAGAAUUACCUGAAGGAAGCAGGGGAGUUUCUCUACGUUGCUACCAACGCCACGGCCAAGGACGCAGACCAAAUGAUUAAGGUCCAAAGCUGCCUCUUCGAUAUCGUUAAACUCUGUGACGCCUGGAACUUGAUGUUGACGAGCUUCAAGAUUGGUGCCAGUGACAUCCUGGAGAAACUCCACAUCGCCUACUUGAAACUGCUUGAUGGGUUCGCCGACUUUGCUCUUGCUGAUGUUCAAUCGGUGACCAAACAUGUCAGCUCCAUGAAGGCCGCAUGCAAGAAAGCUGAGGGGUCCUUUAAAACAGUCAUCCGUGAACUGGAGGACACAAUUGGAUUCCUCGAAGAAGUGGACAAGAAGAAUGGUGCACUUAAAAAAACCAAUCGGGAUGAAUAUUGGAUCAAAGCUGAUCGACUAGAGGAAAUAAUAAAGAAUAAAAUUUGGAAUGAAGACCUUGAAACUGUCACCAAGGACACAGAUUGGAAGAUUUUGGAGUUAGAGUUGGAAGAGUUGGAAGUCCCAAGGGAUGAAUAUCAUGGUGUCUCAAAAAAGAUAGAAAACGGUCUCCUGGCGAAAGUUGCAUUGACUCUGGCCCUACCAAAUUUGAAGGCGGCGCUUGAAUUCCUGGUCAAAAUCGAACAACUCGCUGACAAAUGGUACAACGAAUGCAAGGAGGUGGUUGAGAAGAACAUGAAGGCCAAUGUCAAGCAGGCUGGCAAGUUGUCAGAGGACAAGCAGAAAGAAUUCUGGAAACCAUUGGUAUUUGUGGAGACAGCAUACAAUUUCUUGUGCAGAUGGAAAGCCCUGCAGCAGAUUUGCCUGAGCACCAUCAGUCAUAUGCGCCGUGUGAGAGGGGACAUCGACUGGUACUACACUGAAAACCUCUACCCAUCUGAGGCAGUGGAGAAAGCCUGGGCUCUGAGAGAGAAAAUUGAAGAAUUAAAGAAGCAGGUAAAACCAAGGAAACAAAAUAAUGUUGUGCCAGACCAUGACCGGGUUGAAGCUCUUCAUCUGCUGCAGAAGCUUUUUGAAAUGGCACUGCAAAUAGGAGAAGGAACACAACACGCAGACGGUGGCUACAUGCAGAAACUUGAAAUAAUUGGAUCCUACCUUUGGUUUCUUGGUCACAUUAGUCCAGGCCAGGAAAUCCGUACAACUAAAGGACGAACAGGUACGGUUUGCAGUGACCUCCUGGAAGGUGCUGGAAAGUUAAGAACUGAUACCGUCUCAGAAUUCGCCAGUGGGUACAUAGGCUGUAAGCAUGCCCUGGAUGACAUCCCUUGUCGUUCAAAGAGCAAGACUUCUGGAAAUGACCAGAUUGAAGAAAUCGUCUCGAAACUGUCUGAUAAUGUCAAGAGUUUGAAUGGAAGUGACUUGAAAUCCAUUGAAGACCAGUUUAAUACACUAUUGACUAAUGGAUGGAGACAAGUGGAGAAGGAUAUCAAGACAGAGGAAUGUACUGCGGUGUCGGCGGCAGAAGAUUCAACUAAAGGCAGUGUCCUCGGUGGCAUUACUCGCCUUGCAAAAGACUCAUUUGCGAAAGUAUUUCCCGGGCAGAAAAAGACCGAUGCCGGAGCAGAAUCCAUAAAGAAGUACCAGCUUUCUGUUACUAUAACCCAAGAGAUUCAGAAACAGCUGCCCCUUGAAGACCUCAGCAGAGUUUACUCAGAAAUGUUCGGUAGUCUGGAGACGCUGUCCUCGAAUAUGCGAAAUGAGCUGCCCAAUGUUGAAGGAGAGAAUGUAGUUCAAGAAAGAAGUCCCGAAUGGCAAGAUGGCGUACUCAGCAACUUGAUGGGGUUCAUAGUACUCUACUCUACAAACACCAGACAGUUAAAAAAUGUACCGCAGCUGAUCGACAGAGGUAAGAUUAAUAAGCAAGCCACCGAUGGCAUUAGUUGGACGGCGUUGAAAAGAUUGGUCAACACUGAUGAAUUCCUCCGCAGCAAAGCUUUGGCGAUCGAUGACAAGGUUGAUGUCGAAGUUACUGAUAUGAGAAGGUCGGAGAGGAAUAAAGAGCAGGAGAGAAGGAGAGUUGAUAAGGAAAAGCAGGUGAGGGAAAGAGAGGAAGAGCAGGAGAGAAGGAGAGUUGAUAAGGAAAAGCAGGUGAGGGAAAGAGAGGAAGAGCAGGAGAGAAGGAGAGUUGAUAAGGAAAAGCAGGUGAGGGAAAGAGAGGAAGAGCAGGAGCGGAAGAACGAGAUGAAACAACAGACCUCUGUAGGCGUGGGAAAUCAGAAUAGAGCAUAUGCAGGAACAUCCAACACGCAGGAAAGUCUACAUCUGCAGGGAUUGCGAAAGCACAAGGUGACUGAGAAUGAAACAGUCUCGGGUGCGCAAAGUCCGGGUGAAAGCGGGAGUGCAACGGAAGAAGCUGAUGAAACACAAGAGAGUGCACGUUCCCGACGAGAAGCUGGUGGAAACAAAAUACCGAGGGGAAUGGAAAGAUGUGAAGUUCCGGAGAUAAGACCGAGAGAACCGGCAAAAUAUUAGUUUUGGACAUGCUUCGGUUGCGAAUUUCAGGCAGGCCUGAUAGCCUGUUCUAGCGCAUUAUUUAUUGUAGUUGAAUGAUUUUUCAAUAAUCCUGCUAGGAGAUGUCACUGUCUGCUGGAAGUCGUUUUUUAUAGAUAAUUCAGAUGUGUCUUCACUGAUGGAAGUCAGUCGAUCCCCAGUGCUGACUUCGCAGCAUCGUAACCCAGGUGUCCUGGACUAAGAACGAAUUGUAGAUAGAAAUUUGACGAUGUGAUAUGGACUGUAAUCAUCUUUUAAAGGCACCCUCCGAUAGCCAAAGAAAGAUAUGUGAUGGUCAUAGCCCUUCGUAACUGGGACAUGCCAGUACAUGCUCUUUUAUUUUAGACGAAUAUGUACGUGAACGUUUUUAAGCACAUAUGCGACAAGCCUUCGAGGUUCUGACAUUCCAAAUGCUUCAAAAAAACACAAAGACAUACAUGCGUGUUUGCUAAUGUGUGUUUACUUAUGCUAGAGGGAGUUAGUGACAUUGAUAACAGGAUGAAAAAUGCCUUCAGAAGUUCCGUUGGAUCCGUUCGUGUGUAUAUCUUUGGGCCCUUUUUUCUUGAAAAAAUUGUUUGUUCACUUAUAAUAUCGCGCCAUGCAUAAACGCUUGUACAUUUUAGGAAUGAUGUAGAUUGUUGAUUGUGCAUGAGCGAAAGAGGUAGUCUCCAACGCCAUUUUUAAAACUACAUGUAUCAUGUGUAUAAAGAUUUUCGGUGUUCUUAGAUAGGCGAAACUCGAGUAAUUCUGUAUCUCCGUGUGAAAAGGCACAUACUGUACUGAUACUGAUCAUUGCUCUGGCGUGACUGAAUCAUAGGAGCACUAUACUUCAUGCAGUCACUAGCUGUUCCUUUUUGUAAGCCCUACGAUGCAUAUAUAAUUGACUGUCACCGCCGUUUAUCUCGUUCGGAGUGUACAUUGUUCAUGUUUUAUCCAUAAACAAGGGGAUACUACAGGUGAUGUCAUUCAAGCUUAGCCCCCCCCCCCCCUCAAGCUUAGCCCCCCCCCCCGCCGAUAAGUCCAAUUCCCACUGACCUUAUAACAGGCAGUGUUGGAGAGCUCGUGACGAAGGAUCGGCGCGACUUUGUGAUCUCGUGUGUCAUGAUGUCCAAGCUAUACGCAAACCUGCAGGAGGCAGAAGAAGAUAUUUUACCCAAGUCACUGGUUAAUCAUCCUGAGCUUCAGGGCCAUAGAUGCUCUCACCUACCAAUAUUAUGCGUGCGAGGCGAGAAGCAUACAAGUGACCCUGGUACACCCGAGGAUGCUGGUUGGUAAAACCACACAAUAGCAAGAUGCGGUAUAGGCCUAUGUUGGGAGGCUGGUGUGCAGCAGAAGUAACCUGUUUUACCGGUCCCUAAUAAAUGCUAUACAU